AUGCUUUUCCGCAAUCGCUUUGUGCUGCUGCUGGCCUUGGCUGCACUGCUGGCCUUCGUGAGCCUCAGCCUGCAGUUCUUCCACCUGAUCCCAGUGUCGGCAACCAAGAAUGGAGUGACCAGCAAGAAUCGAAAGAGAAUCAUGCCUGACCCGGCAACGGAGCCCCCCGUGAUGGACCCGGUAUAUGAAGCCCUUUUGUACUGCAACAUUCCAGGUGUGGCUGAGCGAAGCAUGGAAGGCCAUGCUCCGCAUCAUUUUAAGCUGGUCUCUGUGCACGUGUUCAUUCGACACGGGGACAGGUACCCCCUGUACGCCAUUCCCAAAACGAAGCGCCCGGAAAUUGACUGCACUCUGGUGGCUAACAGGAAGCCGUAUCACUCUAAACUGGAGGCUUUUGUGAGUCACAUGUCAAAAGGACCUGGAGCCUCUUUUGAAAGCCCCUUGCACUCGCUGCCUCUUUACUCCAGUCACCAGCUGUGUGAGAUGGGAGAGCUCACGCAGACAGGGGUCGUGCAGCACCUGCAGAACGGCCAGCUGCUGAGGGACAUCUACCUGAAGAAACACAAGCUCCUGCCGAGUGACUGGGCUGCGGAGCAGCUUCACUUGGAGACCACCGGCAAGAGCCGGACGCUGCAGAGUGGGCUGGCUCUGCUCUAUGGCUUUCUGCCGGAUUUUGACUGGAAGAAGGUUUAUUUUAGGCACCAGCCCAGUGCUCUUUUCUGCUCUGGGAACUGCUACUGCCCACUGAGGAACCAGUACCUGGAGAAGGAACAGCGUCGGCAGUACCUAUUACGUUUGAAUAACAGGCAGCUAGAAAGGACCUACGAGGAGAUGGCCCGGAUCGUGGACAUCCCCACCAAGCAGCUCCGGGCUGCCAACCCCAUAGACUCCCUGCUCUGCCUCUUCUGCCACAACGUCAGCUUCCCCUGCACCAAGAAUGGCUGUAUCACCAUGGACCACUUCAAGGUGAUCAAGACGCAUCAGAUAGAGGAUGAGAGAGAGAGGCAGGAGAAGAAGCUGUACCUGGGGUACGCGCUCCUGGGCGCCCACCCUAUCCUGAACCAAACUGUCGGCCGCAUGCAGCACACAGCAGAGGGCAGGAAGGAAGGGCUUUUCACUCUCUACUCUGCUCAUGACGUUACUCUGGCCCCGAUUCUCAGUGCCUUGGGCCUUACGGGAGCCAGGUUCCCGCGGUUUGCGGCCAGGUUGGUCUUUGAGCUCUGGCAGGACAGGGAGAAGCCCCGUGAACACUCCGUCCGGAUCCUCUAUGAUGGUGUUGACAUCACAUUCCACACUUCAUUCUGCCAGGACCACCACAGGCGGUCUCCCAAGCCCAUGUGUCCCCUCGAAAAUUUAGUCCGCUUCAUCAAAAAGGACAUGUUUGUGGCCCUGGGUGGUGGUAGUACCAAUUAUUAUGAAGCAUGUCACAAGGAAGGAUUCUAA